AUGGCAAAGGAUUCACCACCACUACGUCGCUCGGAUGACGACGAGCGCGGUUACACCAGGAGCAACAGACAAGACGACCGCCCGCGCUACAGAGACCGCAGUGACAACCAUGGAAGAGACCGAGGCACGGACCCAGACUCGAGGUCAACAUACGGCCGACGGAAAGAUGACAAUUACUCCCGGAGAGAUUGGAAUGCAGAGCGCGACUACAGGAUCCGGGGAGACGGCGGGGAGAGGCAACGCGAACGUGAGCGCGACAUGGACAAAGAGAGGGAACGAGUCAGAGAACGAGAGAGGGAACGAGACCGAGAACGAGAGGGGGAACGAGACAGAGAACGAGAGAGGGAACGAGACAGAGAACGAGAGAGGGAACGAGACAGAGAACGCGACAGAGACCGAGACAAGGAUCGAAUGAAGGUGAGGGACAGGGACAGGGACAGGGAGAACGAAAGGGAUGGCCCACGAGCAGGCCCUUCGCGUCGCUCCGCCUCCCCGCGCGCACGCUCGUCGCGACCGCGCUCGAGGUCACACCCAUCUCGGGAGGACUCGCCCGAGGACAAGGCAAAACCGAACUUCGCACCCUCCGGACUACUUGCAGCCGCGACGAAGACAAUCAAGCAUGGGGACGGGACGAGCACGGUGCUCAAGUAUCACGAGCCGCCCGAGGCGCGCAAGCCCGUCGUCGGCUGGCGGCUGUACGUGUUCAAGGGGAAGGAGCAAGUCGAUUUGCUGCACAUUCACCGCCAGAGCGCGUACCUCAUUGGGCGGGAUCGCUCCAUCGCGGAUGUGGCGGUGGACCACCCGUCGUGCUCGAAGCAGCACGCAGCUAUCCAGUUCAGACAGGUGCACGAGAAGAACGAGCUUGGUGACUCCAAAGGCGUCGUAAAACCAUUCAUCAUUGACCUUGAGUCUACGAAUGGCACGCACGUAAACGAUGAGACUAUACCAACAUCGCGGUAUUAUGAGCUGCAGCCCGGCGAUGUAAUAAAAUUCGGGGAGUCGACGCGCGAAUAUGUCAUCCUGCACGACGAAGUCGCGUAG